AUGUUUGAUAUUCUUGAAAACGACGAUGGAUUUGGUUGCUUUGCUCAAACUUUGGAACUCCGUCUUCUGCACGGUACUCCUGCUACAGACCAUUCAUACUUGUCUAGGCGGUACCCCUGCUACAGACCAUUCACACUUGGACUUCGUCUCCUGCACGGUACUCCCGCUACAGAUGGUUCACAUCGUAGAACACUAUUGAUUUACAAAAAAGUGGUCGAGUGUAUAAUUUUGGGAGAUGAAAUGCUCACUAAAAGGCUUAAUGAUAUCGAAAAAAACGCCUCUACUAGAAUUCGUGGUUUUCAGGUAAAUAUUACACAAUGA